AUUUUCAGGUUUGUUAGGUUGGAAAAGGUCCCUGAUUUUCUCGUCUAAGUAGUUAAGAGUUAAUUGCAUUUACAAUUUAUUGCUAUUGGUGUUAUUUUCUUUUAUUGUUCUGCCAAGAUGUGGAGUUUUGCUUGUAAUACCAUUGAAAGCAUUGGGUUAAAGAGUUCAGAAAAGGUGAGUCAAGCUUGUUCCGAAUGUUCAGAUGAUGAGUUGUGUUCAAAUGGUGGUAAAGAUGAAGGGUUAGAUUGUCCAAUUUGUUGGGAAUCUUUCAACAUUGUUGAGAAUGUGCCUUAUGUCUUAUGGUGUGGUCACACUCUUUGCAAAAAUUGUGUCAUGGGUCUCCAACCUACCGUUUUGAAACUCCACACUCAGCAAAUCAAGAUCCCCGUAUUCAUUUCUUGCCCAUGGUACCAAUUGCUAUCACUACGACUGGUUUGUAAGGGGAUCCUCAAGUUUCCUCGGAAGAAUUUCUUCAUUUUGUGGAUGAUCGAGAGCUUGAAUGGGGAUAGGUAUGGCAUUGACAGGAGAAAUCUGCCUGGGGAAAAUCAAUUGGUUGGCUCUUCAAGGUGUAAUUUAGUGCUAGGAAAUCAAGCUAAUUAUGGUGUUGUUAAGAGAAGGCCAUAUGCUAAUCGUUCUGAACAAAUCAGGUAUCUAGAUAAUGGUGGAAGAAAUAGUGCAGAGAGGUGUCAUUUCUCACUUCUUAAAUCAUUGGAUUUCUUCAUUCACUUUACGUCCAAGUUCCCUUUGGUCAUCAUUUUACUUCUGGCCGUCUUCUUUGCAAUACCGGGAAGUGCUGUUAUCCUAUUACUCUAUUUGCUGGUGACAGUUGUUUUUGCCAUUCCGUCUUUCUUGGUACUGUACUUUGCAUUUCCUAUGUUGGAAAAGUUGGUGAGAGAAAUCACCUCAUGAAAUGUUGCUUUCCCACUUCAAGGUGUAUGAGAUAUAUGGUUCCAAGUGAACUCAUCUCUUGGUGUAAUCUGGCGUCAUCCUUCUUUCUAUGCUCUCACUCCACUCCUUUUACUUGAAAUUUAGUGGCUCAAUUUCUGCUUCUGUCACUGGAGCCACAGGCUUAAUAGUAGGAGGCGGUUCAGGUCUUGUUGCUGGAAUUUCUGGUUUCAUG